ACAGAUCAUGUUAUCGCGUUAUAAAUAUAGCAUAUUAGUACAUCUGGAAGGCUAGUCACGCUGUGAGGUUCAAACAGGUCUGACUGGCCAUGAGCUAUGCUGCUGCUAUAAACAACCCCAGUGUCCCAAAUUGAAUAACUGCAGAGCGCACUCGGGAGCUCUGGACACUCGUGUUCUUUAGUAGUUGGAGAAGCUUAAUGUUGACAGUAUGGGGCAUCAGGUGAUAAUAUUUGACUUUUCUCUCAUAAGAGGACUGUGGGAAACUCGAGUCAAGAAGAACAAAGAACGUCAGAGAAAAGAGAAAGAAAGAUUAGAAAAAAGCUCAUUGGAGAAGAUAAAGCAGGAAUGGAAUUUCAUACUAGAGUGCCGGAAGAAAGGCAUUCCUCAAUCAAAAUAUCUCAAGAAUGGCUUUGUAAACACCGAUGAGAAGAUCUUGGACACUUAUGGAAAGACUCCUCAGCUCCGGAAGAGGCAUACUUUGUCAGAUGAAGCAAAUAAGGAAAGAAACAAGUUUAUUUUUCAGCUUUCUGGAGAGCAGUGGAUGGAAUUCCCAGAUUCUCUGAAAGAACAGACCUAUCUGAAAGAAUGGCAUGUGUGCAAUACAUUGAUACAAACCAUUCCAGCCUACAUUGCAUUGUUUCAAGAUCUGAGAGUACUGGAUUUGUCAAAAAAUCAAAUCAACCAUCUCCCAGUGGAAAUUGGCCGCUUAAAAAAACUCAAAGUGCUCAAUGUGAGUUUCAAUAAUUUGAAGUCAAUCCCUCCAGAAUUGGGUGAUUGUGAGAAUCUGGAAAAACUGGAUUUAUCUGGAAAUAUGGAAAUAAGAGAGCUCCCAUUUGAACUAAGUAACCUGAAACAAGUCACAGUUGUGGACGUGUCAGCAAACAAGUUCCAUUCUAUUCCAAUCUGUGUACUCCGGAUGUCUAAUUUGCAGUGGCUGGAUAUUAGCAGCAACAACCUGAAAGAUCUCCCAGAAGACAUAGACAGGUUAGAUCAACUGCAGACGCUUCUUCUACAGAAAAACAAGUUGACUUACCUUCCACGAGCUCUGGUCAACAUGCCAAACCUCAGUUUGCUAGUUGUCAGUGGCGAUGACCUGGUUGAGAUACCUACAGCUGUCUGUGAGUCAACCACAGGAUUAAAAUUUGUAAGCCUCAGGGACAGCCCAGUUGAAACUAUUGUAUGUGAAGACACAGAAGAAAUUAUAGAAAGUGAACGUGAAAGGGAGCAAAUUGAGAAAGAGUUUAUGAAGGCAUACAUUGAAGACCUAAAGGAAAGGGAUUCUACUCCUUCCUACACUACAAAAGUAUUACUCAGUCUUCAGCUCUGAAGAUCAAAAAUCUCUACAGCACUAAUGAAUAUCAGAAUAACUCUAUUUUUAUCCACCUGAAUAGAAAACACUGGAAACCAUGGAUGGCCAGAAGCACUUCAAAAUUGUCACGAUUUUUUUAUUUGUUACUGUAGUAGCUCCCAGUAACUACACAUAAAACAAAAAGCAGUAGAGCCUUCAUAAGAUGCUGUUUCACCUUUUAAAUCAAUGUAUUUAUUUUCAAGUCCACAACAACAGCCACUAAUUUAUAUAUAGACCUGGUGAAAGUAAAUAGUCACUGUAAUAAAGUAUACACAGGCAAAGGUGCCCUUAGGAUGCAGACAUUGUACGUUGUAAUUGAAACAGUGGAACAUAAAUCAUCAUCUUAAAAAGAGAAUUGAUUUUAUAAGAGGGGAAGGAUUAAUUUAGAAAAUGAAUGUGACCUAUUGUAUUCUUAAGACCAAAUAACACAUUUAGUUCUUUACAAUAUUUAAAGCAUGAACACAUACAUAGUUGUUUGCAUUUACUUUCUGUCUUCAAAGAAAUUGCUCUCGGGAUUUUCAGUUUAGAUAAGUUUCAACAACUUUAUAUAUAGAAACUGUAGCAAUUCUGCUGCUUUAUUCAAGCAUAUUAUAAGCUUUUACCUGUUUGCAAAUUCAAGUACCAACGUGACUGAAACUUCUGUGCUAAGCGGUCUUACAAUAUAGGAGUGUAUUAAAUAAGAUUUUAAGGACUAAGCAGCGUGAACAAAUACUAUCAGCAAAAUGAUCAUAAAGGUUUUCUACUAAUGGUUUCAGAUUACAGGAUUUUGUGGACAUUUAUUGGAAUUUUCAAAGUUGUAUAAGAAUGAGUUUGCUCGAUAAAAAGUUAUGUUGCUUGCUAUUUAAUAAUCUGUUUAUAUACAAUUAUGUAAGUGUAUAUACUGUAGAGUUUCAGCAAUCUAGAUUUAUAUAUAUUUUUUGUUUAAUAAAUCAAUACUUUUUAAUCUAAAAAGACUUGAGACUUUGAGAAUUUAGACUCAAAUUAGACUCAGAUUAGACAAUUUAAAUAGUCCGAAACUUACGAGUGCAGGUAGAGGAAAUUACAUUUACAUCUUGCUUUAUUAUUAUAGAUGAGCUAUAUCCAGUUUUGCACAGUAGUGACAGUCAUAUUUAAAAAGCAAAGCAACAAAGGAUGUGCUCCUCAAGACUUCCAUAUAAAAGAACAUUGCUUUUGAUGUUUUCUUUCCUUUUUAGCAUUCACUCUUUUGAAAGAAGAGAAUUUGUAAAUACUAGAUGUGUUAUUUAUUCCAGUCACAAACUCCUGCAGUUAUAUUACUAUCCAAAACGAAACCUUCUCGAGUUGGUCUCUAGGUGUUACUGCUGGUUUUAAGCAAGUCCUGGAACAAAGAGAAAGUUUUAAAAAACUCCAAGAAAACUUGACAUUGAUCUGAAACAGAAUAAUGGAAGAUCUGAUUUUUUUUUUAAUUACAAAGAUAUUGAAAUAUGAUAAAAUAGUGGCAAUCAAAGUGGGCUUAGAGAAAUCAGACUAUCUGAAACUACUCUACCAAACUUUCUUUUAGUGAAAUUAUACAUUUUGUUGAUUAGGUAUUGAUAUCGAUGCAAUAAACUCCUAUAAGACAUCA